CCAAAUCUUUCAAAACCAUACUCAACAAAAGAGAAGAAGAAUGAAAUCUCUAACAAUUCAAACUCUAGUCAUCACAAUUUUUCUCUUCACAAUCCCGACAUUAUUUGCAUCACCACCAACACUAGAGGACGUUUUCGCACAAUGUCUAACUGAUUUCAAACCUUCAAAUCCGAAAUCCCCUAUCCAAAACUUCAUAUACACUCAACAAAACCCUAAGUUCCUUACAAUCCUCAACAACUACGUCCGUAACCUUCGUUACUUCAACAACACGACACGCAAACCCGUCGCAAUUGUAGCUGCCGCUGAUGUCAGUCACAUCCAGGCUACGAUCACUUGCGCCAAGAAACUCGCCCUCCAGCUCCGGAUCCGCAGCGGAGGCCAUGACUACGAUGGUAUGUCGUAUGUAUCAACAGUUGAUUUUGUAGUCUUAGACAUGUUUAAUCUCCGAUCUAUCAAGAUCGAUCAUAAGCUCGACACCGCGUGGGUCGAAUCUGGUGCCAUACUUGGAGAGAUCUUCUAUGGAGUCGCCAACAAAAGCAAUGAUCUCCGUGGCUUUCCAGCUGGUAUAUGCCCUGGUUUAGGCGCUGGUGGACAUUUUAGCGGCGGUGGUUAUGGAAACAUGAUGAGAAAAUACGGUUUAUCUAUCGAUAACAUCAUAGAUGCUAAGAUCGUUGACGUUAAAGGAAGAGUCUUGGACCGAAGCUCUAUGGGAGAAGAUCUUUUCUGGGCCAUACGUGGGGGUGGAGCUGCUAGUUUCUGUGUUGUCUUAGCCUGGAAGAUUAAGCUUGUCCCCGUGCCGGCUAAAGUCACGGUCUUUAACGUUGAAACGGUUGGAAACAGAGGAAGCGUGAACACCACGGAACUUGUAGCCAAAUGGCAAGAGAUCGCAGACAAGAUCGACAAUGAUCUGUUCAUAAGGUUAACUUUAAGCUCAAGCAACAAAACCGUGAAGGCUUCUUUCAUGGGAAUGUACCUUGGAAACUCAUUGAAGCUUCUAAAAACCAUGAACGCGCAAUUCCCCGAGCUUGGUCUGAAGAAAACAGAGUGUAUAGAAAUGAAAUGGAUCGAGUCGGUUUUGUUUUGGCUAGGUAUCCCACCCGGUACAGCACCAACAUCGAGUAUGCUAAACCGAAUCCCACAAAAGCAAAUCUACCUCAAGAGAAAAUCCGAUUACGUCCAAAAACCGAUUUCAAGAACCGGUUUAGAUGCCAUAUUCAAGGUUCUGUUAGAGAACGAGAACGUCACAAUGGCUUGGAACCCAUACGGAGGGAGAAUGAGCGAGAUUCCAUCGACCAAGACCCCGUUCCCGCACCGAGCAGGAAACAUGUUCAAGAUUCAGUACGCAGCGAACUGGUUUGUUCCAGGGGAAGCAGUGGCUAAGGAUUGCUUGAGCCAAACGGAAAGAGUGUUCGAGGCAAUGAGCCCUUACGUGUCAAAGAAUCCUAGAGAAGCCUUCUUUAACUAUAGAGACGUUGACAUUGGCACGAGCAUGAACUCAACGUACAAGGAGGGUAAAGUAUACGGCAUGAAGUAUUUUAAGAAUAACUUCGAGAAAUUAGUUAAGGUUAAGAGUAGAGUUGAUCCCGAUAACUUUUUCCGGUAUGAACAGAGCAUUCCAGUGCUCUCCAGCCACUAGAGACUAGACUGCUAUUAACAAUUUCUACCAAAAAUUCUAUAUUAUGUUAACGUGCAAGAAAUAAUAUAUUAUUUGAUGUACAAGCCAAAGAGUUUGAGCUCUCUGCUUUCAUGGAAUUCAUCAAUUCAUGCAUAAAAAACCCUUUUUCUAGGAUUUGAAGACGAGGUAGCCCAUUGUUUUCUUGUAUGUAACCUUUGAAAAAUAUACAAAAGAAAAAGAGAAUAACACACU